UCGAUGAAAUGGUGACGCAAUUAAAUACUGAUCAAAAACGAAUCUUUGAUAGAAUUACUGCUGCUUUAUCUGAUACUAAUAAUAAUGAAGUUCUUCGAUUUUAUGUUAGCGGUGAAGGUGGUACUGGAAAGAGUUUUUUGAUCAAAACUAUUAGAUGUUGGAUUAAAAAAUAUAUUGUAGACAAAGACACAGCGGUAACUGCACCAACCGGUAUAGCAGCUUUUAAUAUUGAUGGACUUACUAUUCAUAGAUUAUUUCAAUUGCCAGUAGAACAUGGCCGUACUGCUAAAUAUAAACAACUUUCUGAUAUAGCUCUUAAAGUUAUACGGGACGAACUUAAGAAUGUUGUUUUAAUAAUUAUCGAUGAAGUUUCAAUGAUUUCAAAUAUCACUUUCAUGUACAUACAUCUUCGACUAACAGAGAUAUUUAAUACCAUGGAUUGUGAUAAUGGAUGGUUCGGCAAAAAACAUAUACUUCUUUUUGGAAAUUUAUUGCAACUUCCACCUGUACAUGAAGAUCCGCCUUUUAUUGAAUUAGCAAAAUUACAAAUUCAGAAGUAUGUUGGUGCAAUGGGCUCUGUAAAUUUAUGAUCUUUAUUCACUUAU